AUGUCCAGCUGCCGGACAAGUAUUGUGUCCAUCCUCAACAAUGAUGAUAACCCAUCUUUUGCGGUCCGCUCCGCACCCCGACUCAGUCGGACUCAGACCUCGCCAUCAUACUAUCCAGAGCAGCGACCUCCGCCCGUCAGCGACCAGCACGCCCGUCCCCAUGCGGCAUCCGAAUCACCAGCAGCCUCACCACGAAGCACCAGGCACCCUUUAGCCCCGGUGACCGAAGCUGUCCAGCCUGUCUCGCCAGGCUCAUCUGACGGCUCUGCCUACGACUACAUCACCAGUCAACCCUCAGCUUACCACCCGUAUGCCCGGCAGGAUCCGCGACGGGAACCGUACCGCUUCCCAGCCCGCGGACCAGCUGCUCCCCGGACGCCGCCCGAAACGCGCUCCAGCGUUUCAGAAACGACUUCUUCCCAACCCGGAGCGGGUCGAGGCACAGGCCGAAAGAACAAGUAUCCAUGCCCCUACGCCGCCAGCCACGGCUGCGCUGCAACUUUCACCACCUCCGGCCAUGCUGCCCGCCAUGGCAAGAAGCAUACCGGCGAAAAGAGCGUCCACUGCCCGAUCUGUAACAAGGCCUUUACCCGAAAAGACAAUAUGAAGCAGCACAUUCGCACCCAUCGCACGCACUCGGAUGAAAUGCGCUCUACCUCUGAACCUGAGAAUGAUGCUCGCUGGACUAUGCCUCGUCCUGAUUCUACAUAUGGUUCGGCCUCACACCAGCAAAAUCUCAGUCAAUCUAUGGAAGCUGUCACGAGGCCUUCUCCUGGCCCCUCUUCGCAUGCGCCUUCAUAG